CAGCCUGUAUUUUGGAAAAAAAAAAGUUUAAAAAAAUAAUAUUUUGAAAAAAGAGAAAAGUUCUAAAAUUUGUGUUAAAUUAAAGUUACAAAAGUUAUAAAAGUUAUUUUGAAUAUGUUACCAAAAGAAGUAAAUCACAUCGGAGACGGAUUGUUGAAUGCGAAACAAGAGUUUCUUCAAAAGAUUCUCGUAUCAGAUACGGACAUUGAGAAACAUUAUGACGUCGAAAUUAAACCAUUUGCAAGAGGAAAUUUCGGAACGGUUCGUCGAGCGACGCAUAAAGAAACGGGCAUAAAAUAUGCAGCAAAAUUUUUGAGACGCAGGCGUCGGGCAGCAUGUUGGAUGAAGCAGAUCCAACACGAAAUAGCCGUGUUGAUGCUAAGUGCCGACUCUGAGCAAAUUGUUAAACUUCACGCUGUUUAUGAAACACGCAGUGAAUUUGUACUAAUUCUGGAAAUGGCCGCUGGUGGUGAACUACAAACAAAAUUAGACGAGGACGGUUCGUUUUCGGAACAAAAGACACGCAUUUGUGUACGAGAGGUGCUAAAAGCAUUAGAAUAUUUACAUCGACGAAAUGUCGCUCAUCUUGAUAUAAAGCCACAAAAUAUAUUGCUCAAUACAAAUAAUAUAGAAGAUGGAUUAAAACUCUGCGAUUUUGGAUUUUCUCGAGCUAUUGAAGGAAAUAGAAAUAUAUGUGAGAUUCAAGGCACACCUGAUUAUGUGGCACCUGAAAUAGUUCAGUACGAGCCAUUAAGUUUAAAAACAGACAUUUGGUCAAUCGGUGUCCUAACGUAUGUUCUCCUAACCGGCUACAGUCCAUUUGGCAGUGAUGACAAACAGGAGACAUUCCUGAAUAUUUCAAAAUGCCAUCUUACAUUUCCCGAUGAUCUGUUUAGUACGGUGUCUGAUGAUGCCAUCGAUUUCAUCAAGUGCACGUUGCGACUUAAAUCAUAUGAUCGCCUAAAUGUAGCCGGAUGUUUAAAUCACAAAUGGCUUCGAAAUGAGACACCGUUUAUUGAACAGCACUUACCACAAAUCUUAACCGUACAAACAUCAACAAAUGUGACAGUAGUUAAAACAGAUGAGGAUUCUGUCGAAACGAUAAAUACAAAAUGUACAACAAUUGUGACCCAAUCGAAUAAUGAUGAUGAGAAAGAAGAUAAUAAUAGUAAGAAAUAUUUGACAAAUGGCAAACAUGUCAAUGAUCACGUAAAUGAGGAAGACAAGGAGAAUUCAAGAAUAAAGAAAAUUAUCGAAUCGCAAGAUAUGACAGCAACGAUAACGACACAAGUCACGAUACCAUUUCAACAUACCACAUCAGCAACAAAAUUAGUAUUGGAGAAAUCAUCAUCCAUAUCACUGUUUCCCGAUGCACCGACAACGCCAAAAGUAUGCCGUAAAAUGAUAUAUGAGGACGAAGCGGAACUUAAAGAGCUAAUAGUAAAGAAAUAUCACACAACGACAUGCUGCGAUGAUGAGAGUGUCGGCGAAUGUCUUGUAUGUCAUCCAAAAAUGCCAACGCUUGAACUUGAUAAAAGAAUCACGUCAUGUUGAAUGAGCACAGCUACGUAGUAAUCAUGCGAUCAUAAAAAACGUUUUUAUGUCCACAUCAUUCAUAAAAAUAUAAUUAAUAAUAAUUCAUAUUAAAUUGAAGACAUUUUUCGCUUCACACAUACACACACACAUCGACAUCAUGUAAAUACUUUUAUUUCCUUCAAUAGAUUAUAAGUCUGCAAGAUUUUAAUUUUUUU